UUUUCUUCUUCUUUCGUGGAUAUGCCUCUGGCUAUGGCGACCGCCUCUUCACUCUUGUUAUUGCCACACAGGGCACACGCGACGCAUUUCACUCCCAGGUGCUCCUCCUCUUCUUCUUCUUCUUGUCGAGAUUCUUGCGGUCCAGCGCCAUUUUCCCGCCGAUCGAUCCUUCUCCCUCCCACAUUCUUCGCGAUCUCCAUCCUCCAUCGAAAUCUCGGGUUGCAAGAGCAAGAUCUCGCGCUAGCAGCGGAGAAAGGAGGAGAGGUGCUAGGGUUUAAGGUGUUCGAGGAUCCAUUCGAUGGCUACUCCUUCUCCUAUCCGGGAUCGUGGUUCCAGGUCCGUGGCGCCGGCGCCGAUUGCUUCUUCCGGAGCCCCGUGAAUCUGGAUGAAUCGGUGACGGUGGACGUGAGCUCGCCGUCGAGCUCGCGAUACCAAUCGAUCGAGGAGCUGGGAUUGCCACAGGAUGCCGCGCAGGGAUUGCUCAAGCAGCUGUCGACGGAGUUCAUGUCUACGAGGCUGGGAGUUCGCAGGGAGAUCAACGUUCUCUCGUCGCGAUCCAGAGUGGAUGGCGAUGGCCGCCUCCUCUACGAAGUGGAGCUCCAUGGAUUCGAUCGCUCCAUCGCAGGUGAACGCCAAAUCUUUCGCCACGAACAACCAGAUGGCGAUCCUUCCCCAAGACCGCGUCAUGAAGAUCGAGUGGGAUCGCCGCUACAUCUCGGUGCUGGGCGUGGAGAACAAACGACUCUACCAGUUAAGACUCCAAGCGCCCGAAAGAACGUUCGCAUUGGAGGGUGACGAUCUUAGAAGGAUAAUGGAUUCCUUUAAAAUCUCCAAGAUUUAAGUCAUGAUUAAAAAGUUUUGAAAGAAUUCUCACGUUGGGGAUGUAGCUCAGAUGGUAGAGCGCUCGCUUAGCAUGCGAGAGGCACCGGGAUCGAUACCCGGCAUCUCCAAACGCUUUUAAUUUUUUGCUUAACAAAGAUUUUUUUUAA